UCUAAUUAUUUCAAUAUUCAAUAUUUAACGAUCAUUAUUUUAUUAUCGAAAUUAUUUUUCACCGCGAGAAUGACGUCAUCCAAGAUGGCGGCUAUAUUACGAAAAUCCUAUGAAUUCAUCUCAAUAUUGUGAAAGAUUUUAAAUAUCUAUAAUAUUAAAGCUAAUGCAGCAAUUUCUGUAACGAAACCUAGGCAAUUUAGAAUCAUUUGGACAAUCAAUUUAUGCAGAAACUACUCAGCUAACAAUAAACAAUUCCUAUACAGAUCUCACAUGGAUGAAUGCAUCGUGUCCGGUACAUGUCCUUGUAUAUUCACGAGGCUCUUUAUUUCGUGCUAUUUCACGAAAAAAAUGCAUACGCGAAAGAAAAAUCGUUCGUUUCUCGAUAAACUUUACGUUAUGUUACAUAUAUAAUUGUCUAUCGCGUAUUUUUUUGUGUCGAAUUUAUUUCGAAUCUCGAUUCAAGAGACGCCAUUAGAAUAUCAUUAUAAAAACAAAUAAAAUUUGGAAGUUUCACUUACAGAAGACGUUCUCGGACUUAAGUAUUGCAUCUUCAUCAUCCCCGAUGUCAUCCAGGCCUCACAUUCAGCUUCUGCACUCACUUUUUACAACAAUAAUCACUUAUUACAAUAAAACAUUACGCGAUCACUGACCAAUUUGAAAAUUCCAUUUCAAUAUGGCGGUUCAACUAAUUAACUUUUCAGUACAUAGAGCGCGCUAUGAAUAAUCGAUACGAUUCGAUACAUAUCGAUAAUUCAGUGUUCCGAGUGAUUUCAUUGAUAAAAGUGAUCUUAUUGUUAUCUUAUUAUUAUCGAAAAAGAAGUAGAAAAAUAUUAAAGAUCAAGAAAAAUUAGAUUUUUUUUCAAUUUAUCCAUAAAUUUUAUUUUAAAGAUUUAUAGAAAUUAAUAAAUUUUUAUAUUUAUUCCUCCAAAUUAAAAGUAAGUAAUAGAUUAAUUUUCUGGUAAAACAUUUUUUCUUUUCUUAAUCGAUUAUUACCGAUGGCAGAUUCUCGAUGGCGCUACUAAAUUCCAUGAAUCUGAGCCAGAUGCCAGUAAAGUCUAACUCUGUUUCGUGCUGCUCUCUAUAGGAGAUCUCACUAACAAUAUGAUUUUUUUUCUACAUACAUUAUCAUGGACCAUGAAAAUGUCAUAUUUUGUAAUUUUUUCAACAAAAAUGCCAUUUUAGAAAUGAAAUAUAUAUACAUCCAAUAUAUAUACAUUAUCUUGUUUCAUUCUUUACCACGUCUCGGUGAUAAUUCGAAUGGCAAUUUUUCGAGCAGUUCUCUAAUUGUACUCUCAAUUUGCAAGUCAAACAGCCGGAAGAGUACUAUAUUUACAAAGGCAUGAGAAAACAGCUUCGAUGACGUCACUGUUUAAAGGUCUGUCGUACUCUUCUGGCGCUAUUCAGUACUGUUUUAUUUCUGCUUAGGUAGACCGAUAGAAAGAAAGAGAAGGAUAAAUCACGAGAUUCGAGAGGGGAAGAGGAGAUAUGCGAACAUCGAAAAGAAAAAUAGAUCGAAAUCCCUUGAUUUUUUCACUCGAUCGUGGCCAAUUAUAAAAUCAUGCAAGGCGAGAAUAUGGUAAAAGACUAUCGUCUCUUGGAAACAGGAAGGGGUUGGUUGUUUAUUUUACCAUUAAGUGAAAUUUCGCGUGAUCGAUAAAAGUCACUAAAAAUGACUGCAUACAAAAAUUAGGCGCAAUAAUAUUUUAUACUGUAAAUUAUCUCUGCUAUUAAAUUAUACGACUUCCAUAAAAACCAAUAAAUUAAUUAAAUAUCAUAACUCAAUGUUGAAAAAAAAAAAUUAAACAAGUUUCAUCAAAAAUUGUCUACUAAACUAUAUAGCCUGAAAAUAACCGCAAUUAUUUUUAAUAUAAAGGAAUAAAAUUUUUUAAGUAAAUGCUUCUCCAAAGAAAAUCGUUUUACGUCCAGAUGCUAGAAUGGCAUUCAAAAGAUCUCAACGAAUCGAAGCACAAGUCGUGGAAGCUAUCCGCAGAUUACAAGCCAUACAAGGAUCAACUCCCCAGGAAAUUAGUAAUUACAUUGCUCAAGAAUAUAAUAUUCCUGGUUCUGAAAUCAGACCACAUGUCCAACUCGCUCUCAAGAGAGGCGUAACUUAUGGAAUUCUUCAACGUUUAAAGGGAGGAUGUUACACGUACAAUCCAGACUUCCUCAACGGUCAAUGCAUAAGUGGUGGCGACGCAACGGUCGAGAUUCCUUGUAACGGAAGAAGAAGAAGAAGAGGACGUUCAAGAAGAAGAGGACGAAGACGUAGAGCUGGAAGAUCUCGCCGUAGAUCUCGUCGUAGAAAAAACUCGCGAAGAAGAAGAUCUUCCUCGAGGCGUAGACGACGUGGAAGGAGGAGAAGAAGGGAAGAAUUUCCGAAGGAAAUCGAUGGGCUGGACUUGACCAAACAACCGACGAAAAGCAGCAGCCUCUUAACGAAAGACAGUCCACAAAGCAACCAUUCGAUCUCUGAAAAUUCUGAAGGAAAGCAAGAAUAACCCUCCAACAAGAUAUCCAUUCUCUCCAUUUUACGAUCGAUUCAAGGUGCAAAGAUUGACUCAAGAAGAAGAAUAUAGAUGCAAGUAUAAAAUGCAUAUACAAUAUUUGCUUGAAUCCAUUUAAAUGCAUUUCCCUGUUUAAACACUUUUUUAUUGGAAUAUGAAAUUUUAUUUUCUUAUAGAAUAUUAAGUAUGUAAAAACGUAUGUUUAUAACAUACUCCUUGAAAAACUUGCAUAAUAUUACACAUUAAUGUGAUCUUUGGUGACAUUAAAUUUCUUUUUACAGUAUAAUGAAAAUAUUUUGAAUUCAUCGACGAAGAAGACGAAUUAAAUAGAAAUUCUAAGAAGAUGAAAUAUCGAUCAUGCAUA